UCAUUGUUCAUUUACCCCCUUCUCCCUCAAAUUAAAUCAAAAAACAAAUCGAUCGAAAAAACCUGAAAAAGAAAAAGGGGGCGCGCUCGAUUUCAUCUCCUAGACCCACCCCCAUACAUGGAAAGGGGACGAAGAGGAUUCGAGAGGAAGCGAUUACUACUAGUACCGCUGCGAGGAUGAUGAUGACGACGAGGAGCUUGUCGUGUGCGAUCGUCGUCGUCGUGUUCAUCGUCGAAUUCGUGGCGGCGAUCUGGUUUCCGCCGCCGCCGCCGCCGCCGCCGCAGCCGCAGCUUCUUGCUCGCGAUCCGAUGGACGACACGCCCGGGGCGGUGGGGACCACCGCGAGCUUGUCGCUGAGGCUGGGCCAAGCGCUCUUCUCCUCCGCGUCCCUCCUCUUCAUGACCGUGGGGGUCGAGUUCUAUAGCUACACCGCGUUUUGCUUUCUAGUAACAAUCAUGGGCUUGGUGAUUCCUUGGAGCUGUACUCUGGCGAUGGUUGACAUGUACUCGAUCUUCGUUGGGUGCCCACUUCGUCUUCCUGGAGUCGUGAUUAUUGUAGUUGUAGGGGACUGGAUCCUAUCGAUACUCUCCCUGGCUGCGGCUUGUUCGACUGCUGGUGUUAUAGAUCUUCUCCUUCGUAUUGGCAGCACAUACUGCUCGCCCAAGUUCUGUGGGAGAUAUCAGUUGUCUGCAGGGAUGGCAUUCUUAUCCUGGUUUCUCACCGCUGCUUCAUCUCUUUUCAACUUAUGGCUUGUGGCUUCCUGAUGAUCAUUAAUAAUCUGGCUUUUCGCUAGCCUAAUUUUGUAGAACUUUCGUAUAUAAUGUUCACAAAUACCAUAUAGUUUUCGACAUAUAUUUGGCAUUCUGUUCAUGUUGUACUGAAAUACUGUUUCUGAUUGGAACUAAUCUGACAUCUAAUAUCUGAUGAUGGAACUGGUCAGCGGAUAGGAAGAAGGAAUUAUGUUAGUGGAAAAGAUUUUGUAGCUCUGUUUGUUUA